AUGGAACCAGAAGCUACUGUCAACAGGACUAACGUUGUGACUGACAUACAUCUCUGUUAUGAGACAGAUAACUACAGUUAUGUAGUGACCACAAGUCCUUCCAUCGUAUGUAUAUUAUUAUAUGUUUUUCUUGUAUUGUUGUGUGUUUUUACGAUAUGUGGAAACCUCCUUGUUACAAUCUCCAUCAUUUACUUCAAACAGCUUCACACUCCUACUAACUCUCUCAUCCUCUCUCUAGCUGUGACUGACCUGCUCGUUGGGAUUAUAGUCUUUCCUUUCAGCAUGGUGUUCUCUCUCAGCUCAUGUCUGCAUUAUGAGGGGUUAUUUUGCAAAGUACGGAGUGGCUUUGAUAUAUCACUAGGCACGUGUUCUAUUCUGAAUCUAUGUUGUAUUUCUGUUGACAGAUAUUAUGCAGUGUGUCAGCCUCUGACAUAUCAAACUAAAAUCACUCAUCAUGUUGUUGUGAUCAUGAUUGUGAUGAGCUGGGGCCUUUCUGCUUUAAUUGGAACUGGGAUCAUAAUUUCUAUCUUAAACAGUGAAAACCGUGAAGAAAGGUAUUUUAUUAAUGUUCUUAUGGCAAACACUGUUGGACCCACCAUAUUUUCAUUUUACCUGCCAGUGAUCAUAUUGCUUUGUAUCUAUCUGAAGAUUUUCCUUGUUGCACAGAGACAGGCACGCAGCAUCCAGAACACGACAAAGUCUGGAGCAACUGUCAGUAAGAUGGAGAGGAAGGCCACCAAAACACUGGCUAUCGUUAUGGGAGUUUUUCUUUUAUGCUGGAGUCCUUUCUUUUUUUUCAUCACCUUUCUCCCCUUUACUAGUAAUCCAGUACCAGUUCCUGUGAUUGAAACACUAAACUGGCUUACACUGUCAAAUUCAAUGUUAAAUCCCUUUAUUUAUGCCUUCUUCUACAGCUGGUUCAGAUCAGCGUUCAGAAUGAUAAUUUCUGGAAAAAUAUUUCAAAGUGAUUUGGCUAAUGCAAACUUGCACAGACCUACAGUUUGUGAAUGA